AGUGCACGAACGUUGAUCCACAGAUCGCUUACAGUACCGCCGAACGACGAACCGCUAACCGCUUACCGCUCGUGCUAAAGCAUCCCAAAGAAGAUAAAAGUUAUUUUCCGCAAAAAAAAAUACACAUUUCGUCGGUGAUUUCUGACCACUUCGAUGCCCUCUGCCGUUCGCCCAUUGUGCGCCAGCCAACGGUUUUAAUGUUUCCACCAGCUUGCAACGAUUGCCAAACCAAUUCGAGAACUCCGCGUACCACCAACGCCAAGAUCCACUACAAGCAGAAACACAAACAGUCCACGCUGAGCUGACGAGCAAUUUGCACAAAUUUAAUCCGCAAACAACGCGUAAAAACAACAUCAUCGUACAAAGAAAAUUAAAAAAUAAACAAACACCGAGCAGUGAAAAAUACAGGGCGUAACCGCGAGCAGUAAAAAUAAAUAUUUAACGGUGCAAAAAACAUAUUUUUCUGUCCGAACUCAAAGAACAAAUUUAACAAGCAGUAAGCCUCCCGGUACAGGUGCAAACCGAUUCAAAGAUCUCCAGGUCCAAAAGCGAGUGCUAUCCCCAAAAGCAGCCAACAGACCACUAAGCUAGGCAGACACAACUGUACCCAUCUAAGCGAAGCUUAGAGCCUAAAAGCCAACCAAAAAAAGCCCCUCAAGUGAUCCCAAUUUCCUUUUUGCUACGCGCACAAGAAGCCAAAAAACCCCUGAACUAUAGAAUGGUAGAAGGUGAUUCCGCAAAGGGCAAAAGCGAAUCCUAUAAUGUAGAAGCUGGACUACAACCGAACUACAACCAGAGCGCAGCAAGCAACCAAGCAAGCAACCAUCCCACUGGCCAGGUUAACGCCCCAGCCACCGGAAACGCGAACGCGAACGCGAACUCGCACAUCGACAACCGAGCGAUCAUCCAGCCGUACUCCUUGGGCUCUGGAGCCAAGCAGCCGCAGUAUCAGUUCGCGGCGGACAAUCGCGGCUACGAGCCCGAUAGCCAUGGCAAUGGCAAUGGCAACGGAAGCGGCAAUGGCAAUGGCAAGCAGCAGGACGUAGAGCGGGACGCCGCCGACGGGGGUCACGGAGGUCAUGGACCCCCCGGCAAGAAGGGCAAGGGGCGGAAGAAGUCCGGACCGCUGCCGGAGCCCACCACUCCGAUAGUGGCCAACUUCGAGCGGGCCAUCGAGCUGUGCGGCUAUGGCAAGUUCCACUACAUACUGCUGGCCAUCUGCGGACUGGUCAGCACCUCCGAGGAGAUGGACGUCAUCUCGAUGUCGUUCAUCCUGCCGUCGGCGGAGUGCGAUCUUGAUCUGAACACGGAAACGAAGGGCUGGCUCAACUCGAUCAUCUUCAUCGGCAUGAUGGUGGGCGCGUACUUCUGGGGCAGCAUCGCCGACAGCUUCGGCCGCAAGAAGGUCCUCAUCGUCAUCUCGUUCAUGAACGCCUUCUGCAUCGUCGCCUCGUCCUUCUCGCAGUCGUACACCUUCUUCAUGCUCUUCCGCUUCCUCAACGGAGCAGCGCUGGGCGGCAGUGGUCCUGUGAUCUGGUCGUACUUCGCCGAGUUCCAGCCGAAGGCCAAGCGCGGCUCCAUGCUGAGCUUCAUGGCGGCCUUCUGGACGUUCGGCAACCUGUUCGUGGCCAGCCUGGCCUGGCUGAUCAUCCCGCAGACGAUUGGGUUCAUCACGCCGUACUUCACGUACAACUCGUGGCGGAUCUUCCUGCUCGUCUGCUCGCUGCCGUCGUUCCUCGUGGGCUUCCUGCUCUUCUACCUGCCGGAGUCGCCGAAGUUCCUGCUGUCGCGCGGCAAGAAGGAUCGCGCUUUGGCCAUCUUCCGCGGCAUCUUCGUGACGAACACGAAGCGUCGGCCGGACGAGUACAUGGUCUACGACCUGGAGGUCGACGAGAAGCUGCUGGAGAGCAACAGCGGCGUGAAGAACAAGUACAGCCGCAUGAUCAGCGGAAUGGUCGAUCACAGUCGGGCGCUGUUCAAGUCGCCCAUCCUGCGCUUCACCAUCGUCUCGAUCACGAUCAACUUUACAUUCCACAUUGGCUACUACGGCCUGUUGAUGUGGUUCCCGGAGCUCUUCAACCGCUUCGAGGAGUACGAGAAGGCCUACCCCAACCAGUCGGUCGAGGUGUGCACCGUCAUGGAGUACGUGGCCAAGCCGCUGAGCGGCAACGGCACCGAAGAAUGCUCCUCGGCCAUCCCCCAGUCGGUGUUCAUGGAGUCGCUCAUCUCGCUGGCCUCCGCCCUGCCGGCCAACCUGCUGGCCAUCCUCGGCAUGGACAUGCUCGGCCGCAAGUUCUUCCUCAUCGCCGGCACAAUGACCGCCGGCAUCUGCUCGGCGCUCAUGUACUUUGUGCGCAGCUCCGUUCAGAACCUGGUCGUCUCGGCCGUGUUUAGUGGCGCCAUUUCGGCCGCCAAUGCGGCGCUCGACUGCCUCAUCACCGAAGUAUUCCCCACCAACCUAAGGGCCACCGGUGUGGCCAUCUCCAUGGUGGCCGCUCGUCUGGGCGGCAUCAUUGGCAACAUCGUGAUUGCCCAGCUGCUCGAUCGCUACUGUCCGAUGCCCUCGUUCAUCGUCUCGACCCUGCUCAUCGGCGGCGGUCUCAUGUGCCUGCUGCUGCCCAACACGACGCGGAAGGAGCUCAACUAAGCCCCCCGCCCCCCGUUAACACUACACCCACCAUCCAGCCAAGAGAAUCAAAUAUCUGUCCCAGAGACUGCAGUCUCGCUGUUCCCGCUGUUCAGUUGGGACUACCAACAGGACCGCAGGGAUUGUGAGCUGGGUGCCUGGGGUCAGGAUACCUCCCCUCCUUCACCAAUCGGCAAUAGUUAACAGAAAACCCCACAAGUAGCUCCCCUUCCCGCCAGAGGAUCGGGCUUAUCUGUGUAUAUAUGGUAUGUGUGUGCUGCAAUACACGAUUAUUUGUAUCGUCAGUAGUUAUUUAACGAUAGCGAUAGCGGAUUUCUUUGUGUCUCUAAUUUUAAUCGCCCCCCCUUUAAUCCACCCCUAAAAAUGUCUGUCAAUCUAUUCGGAAUUUAGAAGAACGAACCAAGAACGAAGCAAGCAAAGAGCAAAGAACAAAGAAACACCAAGCCAGCGAGAAGAUAUAGCAGGUAGGAUCGAUUGCAAUCGGCGUACGGUACGAUCGAUGUGCAUUGAUCGAUAUGUACGAUAUGUAUUUUGUGUAGUAGCGGUAGAAAGUAAUAUAUAUUUGGCAAGCGCCGGCGCCGGCUGAAGCAGCAGCAGAGGGUCCGACUAACGGUAAAGCUAUGUAAUCGAGCCAUGGAAGAAAACACGAACGAUUCGAGGGCUCGAGAGAUCGUAUUGGACCCGUCCUGCUGUCCGUUAUUGUUGUUAUUAUUGCUAUUAUUAAUGCAUCCAAUGUAAAACACAUACGUAUAUAACUUUAUCUAUAUAUUAAACAUAUAUCGAAAACCAUUUUCUAUAACAUAUACACAUAUCUAUACUACUUUUUUUUGUUUUUUUUUUCGUCAUGUAGGACCAAAGCACAGGAAGUGAAAGAUUAUUUGUAAAAUUAGUUACAUUACUACAAGUUACGCUACAUAUAUACAAGAAAACCCCCAAUAAAAAGAACAAACCACAA